CUCAAGCUCACUAAAAGAAAAUUGCGGCGAUCGUUCUAACCCUUCAGGGUGCAUUCAGGUUACGGAUAUUGUGAAGAUUGAGGAUGGCGGGGGGUUUAGGAGCGACGCGGAGCUGCCCGGUACGUUGAUGACGUAUCGCUGUCCUAAUAGUGACUCGGAGUUUGUGAAGCAUCAGGCGGCUCACAAGGAAAAGAGGUUUUCUUGUUCUUACUGCGGGAAAUGCUUCUCGACCAACGCAAAACUGACUGCCCAUCAGAAGACGCACGCGGGAAAGAGGCCGUUUUCCUGUCCCGAUUGCGGGAAGAGCUUUAUUAGGAACUCUGAUCUCACUAGACACAAGAAAAUUCACGCGGGAGACAGGCCGUUCCCCUGCUCCGUGUGCGAGAGACGUUUUACCCAAAAAUCCGAUCUGGCGAAGCACCAGAGCAUCCACACGGGGGAGAAGCCGUUCGCCUGCUCCGAAUGCGGGAAAUGUUUCUGUCAGCGCCGCUACCUUAAUAAACACAUGCAGAUCCACGCGGACGACAAGCGAUUCUGUUGCUCUGAAUGCGGGAAGUGUUUUUCUCAGCAGUGCUAUCUUUACAAGCAUAUGAGGCAUCACAAGAGAGACGGGCGGUUCUCCUGCUCCGUGUGCGGGAGAUGUUUUAUCCAAAACGCCGAUCUCGUGAAGCACCAGAAGCUGCACGAGGGGGAGAAGCCGUUCAUCUGCUCCGAAUGCGGGAGGCGUUUCUCUCAGCUAUGCUCGCUUUCUAAACAUAUGAGGUGUCACACGGUCGACAGGCCCUUCCCGUGUCCUGAAUGCGGGAAAUGCUACGCUCAAGUCUCGGAUCUGGCGAGACACCGGAAGACUCACAUGUCGGAGAGGCCGUUCUUGUGUCUCAAGUGCGGGAAAGGGUUCCUUCAGAGCUCUGAUCUUCUCAAACACCAGAGGGUCCACAAGAGAGAGAAGCUUCAGCCUCCAACGCCAAAGACGCUCUGCGUGUGACAAAUGAGUUUAUUCUGGUUAAAUACACGCGUGAUACACGCAGAGGAGAAGAAAGUGUGCUAAGCAUGCUCUAAACGUUUUAUUUGUACAUCAGAGCGUCUUCAAUAUUGAGGUCCCUGUGGUUCCUAUCAUGGCAAUAAAUGUAAUGUAAUACCUCCUCCGGGGUAACUUAAGCUCUUGCUUCAUCUACUUCUGGCUGAGUUGGACCAACUGCAACACCGCCGAACAGUCACUCAAAGUAAAAGAGGUUUGUUUUUGUCAAUCAAAUCUGACGUAGAAUCCUGUUUGUAACCGAUGACGUACCCGGUACAUCA